AUGGGUGCACAGGCGUUCAAUACUUUAGGCGUCAAACAGAAGACGCUAAAGGAUACCCUUCAGGACGAGAAGAUCCCAAAGGUCUUCUUCGACGUUCGCAACGAUUCAGAUGCCUUAUUUGCACAUUUCGGCGUGGCAUUGCGGAGAGUGGAGGAUGUCCAGCUUAUGGAGAGUGCCACGAGGAAAACUACGGCAUCGAGGAAGUUCUUGAGCGGCUUGGCCAAAUGUGUUGAGAAGAAUGCGCCAAACAUGUUGCUCAGUGGUAGCAACCUAGCGAGUUGGAAGCAGGUGAAAGAGAAAGGAGAGAGAUUGUUCAAAGCUGAACAUGGCGGCUCGUAUGAGGUUUUCAACCAGCGCCCGAUCCCCGAGGAUAUUAUUUCUUACUGUGUUUGUGAUGUUCAGUACCUCCCUGAGUUGUGGGAUAGGUUUUGGAAAAUGCAGACCUAUCGGUGGCGGGACCUAGUCAACGAAGUCCAUAAAGCGCGUCUGGCCAUUGACCUUGUUGCUAUUAGAUCAUGCUAUAAACGAGCACAGGCCCCAAGUAUUAUAUGA